GUGGUGCGUGCUGGGAGCGCGCGUACAGCACAUCUCGGCCAAUCGAGGCCUUGCAGCCUGACGGCUGCCCCACAACCCUGGCGCACGCGCUCCACAAGGUGGCGCCCCGCCUCUUUACAGAGCCGCCGCCCGCCGCUGCGGCGCGGGCGCCGAUCAACGGUGAGAGGAUGGCGGCAGGCGGCGGGGGCGGCCCCACACCGGAAGGGGCGGCGGAGGAUGCCCCAUUGGGACGAGGGGCUGACGAAGCAGCGGAGCUCGGGGCUGCGGGGGCGGCAGUGGCGGACCUCGGGCCGCUUGGUGCGGGGGCCGUUGGCAGUGCGGCGCCGGGUGGAGCCAGCGGCAGCGGCGGGGUCAGCGGUGGGGGCAGCAGCAGUAAAAAAGCAGCAGUUGGGGACUCAGACACCUUACCUAGCAGUAGCGGCGGCAUUGCAUCUGCGGCGGGUGCAUCUGAGGAGGGCAGCGGUGGCGUCGGUGCUGCUGCGGAAGCAAGUGGCGGCAGCGGCCGCCCGAGCAGCAGCGGCGGCGCGGCAGCGGCGCUGGCCGAAGCAGUUGCCGCUGCGCAGCGCGGGCCGCACGCAUCGCGCGGGAAGGCGCGUGCUUGGGCAGCGCAUGCGGCGCGGCGGAUCCGCGUGGUGGUUGGCGGCGUGCGGCCGCCACUGGAUGCGCCGAUCGCAUGGCUUCACGCGCGGCUGCAUGCGGGGGAUGCAUUUUUGUAUGUGGUAGUGCACGCAGAGUAA